CGUAUUUCUUCAAUUUCAAGAUCUGUUUGCAUUUGUAUUUUUCUCAUGGCUGGACGUUAUUACAAUGACAAUCCGUUUGAUGAAGGACAGGAAGAUAACGCCUUUUCGGACCAAGGGACUCAAGGAAAGGGUCAGUCAAAUUAUGGUAGCGGUCCAUUUUAUAUGAUGAAUCCUGCAAGUGUUCCUCCUGCUACAAACUCAAGGCUUUCACCUCUUCCUCAUGAACCUGCUGAUUAUGAUCAUGGUGCAACAGUUGAUAUCCCUCUUGAUAAUCCGAAGGAUCUGAAGAAUAAAGAGAAAGGACUCCAAGCUAAAGAAGCUGAACUAAAAAAAUUAGAACAGGAUCUGAAAAGGAGGGAAGAUGCUAUAGCAAGAGCUGGAGUUGUCAUAGAGGAAAAGAAUUGGCCACCUUUCUUCCCCAUUAUUCAUCAUGAUAUUGCAAAUGAAAUUCCAAUCCAUCUACAGAAGUUGCAGUAUGUUGCAUUUUUUACAUGGUUGGGUUUGGCAGCCUGUCUUCUAUGGAACCUUAUAGCAGUUACCUCAGCUUGGAUCAAAGGAGAAGGUAUAACUAUCUGGCUUCUUGCUAUUAUCUACUUAAUAUCUGGCGUCCCAGGAGCCUAUGUGCUGUGGUAUCGUCCUUUGUAUCGUGCAAUGAGGACGGAUAGUGCACUGAAGUUUGGAUGGUUCUUCUUAUGUUAUCUCUUUCACAUUGGAUUCUGCAUCAUUGCUACUGUGGCACCUCCUAUCUUCUUCAAAGGAAAAUCUUUAGCUGGUAUCUUGCCUGCAAUUGAUCUGUUAGGCUGGAAUGGUUUGGUUGGGGUAUUCUACUUCAUAGGAUUUGCAUUCUUCUGUCUUGAAUCACUGACCAGCAUAUGGGUUAUUCAGCAAGUGUACAUGUAUUUCCGAGGAAGUGGCAAAGCCGCGGAGAUGAAGAAAGAGGCCGCAAGAUCGACAAUGAUGGCAGCACUAUGACAACACAAGAGCAAAGGCAGGCAGCAUUUGAGCUUUCAAGCUGUUGAGUUCUUUGAUUGCUUUCUUCUCACACCAUAUAUCAUAUAAAAUCUAAGGUUGGAUUACCAUGUAUCAUAUCAUAUAU